GGAACAAUGUAGUCUUUCUUACCUGUCGGAGGGUGUACAUUCCAUCUCUGCUAAACUAAGUCUCAAUCCUGCCUCAAACCCACCCCUGCUCGAACAAGGCCCUCAGUGCAAUGCCGGCUCCAGGUGCUCCACAUCACACUCCUCAACCUUUCGUUUUGGAGGAUUUGAAAGGACACAGUUCUUGAUUGUGCUUCACAUCUGAAGUUAUUUUUGACUCAUCACCUGUUGAAGAACCAGAGAAUGUUGCUAAGGUUAAUCUAUAGCAGCUAGAGUCUGUCCUGAAUGUGUUCAACAGCCAACUAUGUUCUCCCUCUGAGGAGAACCUGUGAGGUAUUAGCUACUCCAGGCAGGCUGUGUGGGGGAGUGUCCAUGUCAGCUAAUUUCCCUGGAGCCAGGUCUCAUGGAGCUCCUCAGGACACAGAGAUGGAUGUGGCUUGGCAGGAACUGAUGGCCAUCACAGAAAUGCAGGAGUUUCAAGCACCCAGUGAAGACUCCUAUGAAACAACACAGUACCAAACUAUGGAGCCCACGGUCCCUAUGGGAGGAUAUGGGAUGGCCCAGUCCCAUUUGGAGCCGCCUCCUGCUGCUUGUGAGCUCGGCCCUGCUGACACUUAUGAUGGAUGUUAUUCUGAAGAGGUGCCCUCCUGUCAUCGUCUCGGAAGCCAUUCAGAGGCAAUGUAUGGACCUGAACCUCCGCACAAUCAAAGAAUGAUCCCCAUCUCUUCCUACACACAGACCUCGCACAUGGCUCUUAGAGAACCAAUGAACAUGUCAGGUAGCAGUCAAGGGCACAGGAGGGCAAACACUUCUCUCUCUCGGGAUCUCCGUCGGCACAUGCUUUGGACUACACAUGGACAAAGUUUGCAGGCCUGCUCAGCUGAUGAUCUUGAGUCGGACUCAGGUCUGUCUCUGGGCUCUAGUCCACCUUUGGCUUCCCCAGAUAAUCCCGUUGGGGGUGCAUCAGGUUACCAGAGUGUUGACAUAGGGAUGACAUAUAGUGAUGUUGAAGCAGACAGUGUGGCUGAACAUGCCAGAAGAGCACACAUCCAUUACCCAAUGGACUACCAGAACCAAUCUCACUCAUAUUUACAAUCAGGUGAUCAGUCUUAUUUCUCAACCCAACCCCCUCUCUCACAUACACAAGGUAAUGCUCCAAUUCCACAGCCAGUAAAACAGCAGGGAGAGGCCUCUGCACUGAAUGAUCUGUAUAUAGACUCUGGAGUGUCCAGCAGAGGGAGCUCCCAACAUAACAUGUACAGAAAAUCACAGGGAAGUAUCUCCGCUCCUGCACCACUGAGCAGAGAUGAGCGGCGGGCUAUGUCCUUAAAGAUCCCCUUCCCCAUGGCGAAGAUCAUCAAUCUACCCGUGGAUGACUUCAAUGAGCUCCUAACACAUUAUACCCUCACAGAAAGUCAACUAGCACUUGUCAGAGAUAUUAGACGAAGGGGGAAGAACAAGGUAGCAGCUCAGAACUGCAGGAAAAGGAAGCUUCAGAGCAUAAUUCACCUUGAAAGAGAACUGAACCAGCUGCAUGGUCAGAGAGAGCGCCUGGCACAGGAGAGGCACGAGUUCCAGCGGAGCUUGGCUUUUAUUAAAUGUCGCCUUACAGACCUUUAUUCAGAGGUGUUUUCUCACUUGAGAGACGAAAAUGGACAACCAUACUCAGUAGAUGACUACGCCCUACAACAGACACCUGAUGGAAAAAUGUAUCUGGUACCUCACACCAACAUGCAGCAAGGAGAGCAAUGCUGAGACACUGGGGAUUGAAUAUUUUGUUAAUACCCUUACAGUAUAAUAUUGUGCAGACUUAAAGUAUACAAACUGAUUGGAGGCCACAAAAAAGUUCAUACAAAACAUGCCAUAUAUGCAUCACUGUACACUUCAUGCUCUUACAUAUGACUGAAACAACACAGGUGUCUUAUAAAAAUACUUUAUUUAAAAACACUGCACAGCAGUCUUCAGUGUAAAAAAAACAAGUCUCCAGCAUGAUUAUUCAGGAAGCCUGUGAAGAACAAAUCAAAGAUAAAUAUACAAGCGUUCAAAAUUGUGCAAGAUUCUGAUGAAUGACCGAUUUGUACCUGAAUUGAGCCAUUGUCACAGAAAUGGAAUCGGGUUUUGGACACCAUGUUGAGUUUCCUAUAAAGCAGAAAUACCAAUUAAGUAUAACAAUCUGGCAACCAAAGAAAACAAAUUAUUAAAUGUUGUUCACAGCAUGCAUAUUUGUACGGCCUCUUUGCACAACUAGAAGGCGUUAUUGGUGAAGUCAUAAUAAAGUUUUUUUUGCACAAA